UUGGAAGGGGAUCCAGCCAGCCCAGGGUACUGGGGAGCCAUAGAUGGUGAGCCGGGCAGGGAUACAAACCCCAUCUCAGACCUCUCAUUGUGCACAAUGGACUAAUGUCCCGGAAACUGCUUCCAGCUCUCACUCCAGCCUUUUCCUUCCUUUGGCUAAGAAUAGGCCCCCUAGCCUCAGCGGAAGCCACAGCCACAGGGGGUACGUCCUGAGCCUCAGCUCCCACAUCACCCCAGCAGCCUCAAGCCUGACUCCUCCUCCCUUCCUUGACAGUGUGGUUGGGAGCCAGUGCCAAGAAAUUUCAGCCCCUGGCCACACCUGAUGGUCUCAAGGCUCUGCACCAUAUUACAGUCUGCCUCAGUUUCACCAUUCAUACUGAGCUCUGUCACCUCCACACAACAAAGUUGGAUGUCCUUCAGCCAUUGCCUGAUUCUCCAAACCAGACAUGUCCUUAUCUCGGGUCAAGGGACAGAGGAAGAACCUACAACAGCCUCUCUGCCCCCAAUCCCAACUUGUCUGCGUCAAGAACGAGCACAGCCGGCUGUUCUCGUCCCACCGCAGCCCCACAUCCUCACCCCUGACAUUCUUACCAGUGCCUUGUGCCCCGGGCCAGCAUACCUAACCACCCUACAAACCCCAGUCUUCCCCACAGCAUUGCUUCCUAGCCAAAUGUGGAGGGGGACAUUUGCUUUGCGCAGCCCUGAGCAUGGAACCCUGGUGUGGUCAGUGUCCAUCCCAUCCCUAGCUUAUGGGAUGGAUAGACUUAAGGGCAGGCCCAGCUAGGAAACCAGAGAGGAACUACAGAAAGUCCACCAGGGUAGAGGCAAGUCAGGGCUCAGCACUGAAUGUUAGGAUGGGUGGGACUGACUGAGGGACCCUCAGAAGUGAGACCGGAAGGGGCGGUGCAGUAGGCAAGGGGUUUCCUGCCGCUGACAGGAGUCUGGCUGAACCUGGGAAGAGGGGAACUGGGAGGUUGGGGUCACAGCCAGGCCAGGCAUCCAAUCCCCACCAGGACCUGUCAGAGCCAAAGGGGCCCAAGGUCACCUCCCCCACCUAGGUCCCCGCCUCAAGCCACAGGGCACAGGACUAACAGCCCCUGCCUGGCCCAGCUAUUCCAGGCAACUGUCAGGGCUUCCGCAGUGAGUCUGCAGGGGAGGGUUCCCCAAGACUGCUACAUCUCUGGAGGACAGCCUGGUCUGCAGCCUGCCCUGCUGCGCUGCACCCCUCCCCCACCACAGCCUUCUCCUGCCUCCCUGCAGUUAGGCUGGAGCUGGCCUUGCCAUCCAGAGACCCUGGAAGGUGCCUGGACAACCAUAGUGAGGGAGACUCCCCUUCCUGCUCUUUGCCUCGCCUGGAACAGCACAGAGAGAUCUGGGUCCAGACAGCUGAGAUGAGUCCCUCCUCUCCCUGAUGUGAGGUUACAGCACUGUGCCCAGGUGAGCCUCUAUAGUGCCUGGGGAGCCCAGAUCACCAGCCCCUCCGCUGUGGCCUGUCCACUCUGAUGAUAGUGGCCAGGUACCCAAGGUCCCCGAAGGGGCUCCAGUGGUCUUAGCCUGGGCCAGUGCAGUUCGCCUGGUGGCACGUGGGUAUACUGGUUUCCUGUGUCUGGGCCAGAAUUCUCUGGCAAUGCUAGAGUUGAGCCAGGAUGGAUUGGAGCUGGGGGCUGCACCAAGGUGUGGCUGGAGGCUGUACGCACACAGGCUCAUCACACAUGUCCUGUCCAGACGGGCAUCCAUCGACUCCAGGGCACGGUGCCAGGUGGCCCCUCCUCCCAGCCCACCUGCACCCUGGAGCUACGGCACAAACAGGAAGCAGACGGUUUGAGGGACAGCUGUGGUAAGCCUGAGGGUCUGUGGGGUUGUGGGGCACACACACCCUGGGUGUUUGGGGUGUUGGCAGAGAUGCCUACUGGGCACAGCUGAGGCCAAGGUUCAGCUCAGGAGCUCCUAGGCAGAAAGCCACCAGGGGAGGCAAAUUCGAUUCACGGGGGAAACUGAGGCUGUGUAGGGUGGCCAUGGGUGACAGACGUGCAGAGAGCCCAGGCUGCUCUGAGGCCUGCUGCAGAGGCUUGUUGGAGAUGGGUGAGCUGGGGAGAGGAGGAGGGGCCUAGCAAUCAGAGCCCAGCCACACACCACAUUCCACCAAGGCUGGAACUUGGCCACCCAGCCUGGGCCUCAAGGAAUGGGGACCAGCGUCCCAGGGCACACGUAUACAAGAAUGAGGCCCCAUCCCAGACAGAACACCACUGCCUACCGCUCCCAACAGUGGAGACAGGGCUCAGGAAUGCAGGACCACCCCACAUCCCAGUGACUUCUUUGGCUCCCGGGUGUCCAAAGCUGGGGUGUGGUGGCCUGCGCCUGUCACCCCAGCUUCAGAAGCUGGGGGCAGAUGACUCUCAGGGAGUUCCAGGCCAGCCUGGUCUACACAGUCAGAGUCUGCAGGAGGACAAACAGAAUUCCUGAGCCUUGACAUUCCCAGGCCCAAAGCUCCUUGCUGCAAGGCUGUGGAACCUGAUAGGGCGCAGAGACACCAAGUAAGUCUCCCGAGACCACACAGCAUGGGCUGCUGCCCAGGGUGGGAGGCUGCCAGGCAGGCCUCAGGUCUCGCCUAGGCAACUUGAGCUCACUGUUAUCACUUGAACCCCAGAGGGGGUGAGGGACUGAGGGAGGGAGGGAGAGAGAGAGGGAGGGAGGGAGGGACUGGCAACUGCUGUCCAUCCUUGAUGCUGGGCUCCAACUUGACUUCCUGGGCCAUAGAGCUGGGGGCUGGGCUUGUUCUUUCCCGGGCACAGCAGGUAUGAGGGACCUGGUGUCCUUGGCGAGGCUGGGCCAAGGACUGGACAGAGGAGGGGAUCGGCCGCCAAUGCAGCCGGCCUUGGGAAAGGGAGCAUCAAUCCCGGGGACCUAGCACAGAAACUCAAAGAUGUGCAUAACACUUCAGAGCGAGAGGGAGCUAUCCAUCAGUCCGCCCACCCUGUCCUCAGAGCCAGGGGGAGCUAUCCACCAGACUGCCCGCCCUGUCCUUAUCCUAGCUUCAGUCUCUCCCCUGGAUCCUCCUCUGGAUGGUGCCAGCCAGGCAGUGACCUCCUAAGGGGAACAUGGAAGCAGUGCCUACUAGGCUGCUUCUACCUGCAGGGAGCAUUCUGGGUUGCAUAAAUUAAACACCUACUGUGUGCCAGAUGUAGGUGCAAGAAAUAAUUGUUCUCAGCAUCAGCUGUCUUUACCAGAGGUGAAACUGAGGCUCUCUGUGGGGAUGUGGGGACAAGAACAGAGGAUACAUCCUGAACCCUGAGGAACUACCUGUUAAAACCCUGGAGCUCAGUGGGAGGGAAGAGGGGUCUGGAGAUGGGAAGGGAGAAAUGAAAAGCCAAGGGCUGGGGCUAGGGAUUUAGCUCAGUGGUAGAGCGCUUACCUAGGAAGCGCAAGGCCCUGGGUUCGGUCCCCAGCUCCGAAAAAAAGAACCAAAAAAAAAAAAAAAAAAGAAAAAAGAAAAGAAAAGCCAAGGGCUAAUGAUGUGGUUCACUGGAUAAAGGUGAUUGCAGCCAAGCCCGACAAUCUGAGUUCAACCCCCCAAGACCCAUGUGGUGAAAGGUGAGCCCUAACACCCACCAGGUUGUCCUCUGACCCCCACACUGGACUGUCCUUGUACACCCCCACGAUAAUUAUGUAAAUUAAAAAAACAAAAACUACGCAAGGCCCUGGGUUCGGUCCCCAGCUCCGAAAAAAAGAACCAAAAAAAAAAAAAAAAAAACCAAAAACUAAUAAAAAAAGGUCAAACAUGGUUCACACACCAAGAAUCUGAGGAAGGAAGGAUCAGCAAGAAUUGUUGCCAGCCUGGGCUGCACAGGAAGGAACACAGGGUGAGAGACAUUAUGCUACUGUCUGUCUCUGGUCUCUGGCCUUGGUUUUUGUUUUUUUGUUUGUUUUUUUCUUUUUUAAAAUCUCACUGUGUACCUUACACUGGCAGCAAUCCUCCUGCCAGAGCCUUUCCAGUGUUGUGAAGGAUUUUGUUGUUGAAUAGUCUCACUUUUAGAUGACCCCAUAUCCAGCCUUAGUUCUGUAGUCUUUGUCCCUUCCGCCCCUGCACCCCUCCCCUCCUGCCCCACACCGGUCUCUGCUGGAGUCCUCCCCGGGGACAUGUUGCCAUUGGGCUGUUUUUUCAUUCCGAAAAUGGAGCAGGAACUUCUUGGGUCCGUUUCUUAUUAUAAAAGUGACGUCAGGGGAGAAAAGGAACGGCCCACACCGCUUCAGUGGGAGCGUCCCAGCAGGUAACUAACCCUGGCCAGAACGACUGCACCCACAACCUCAUAGGCUAGAUGGAUGACAGAUGGGGAGCUGAGGCCACACAGUGAGUACUAGGGCUGGAACUGCAACCUGGGGUGCAGGGUAUCAGGACACAUCUGUCAUUCCAGCUCCUCAGGAGGUUGUCAGGAUGACUAGGAGUUCCAGGCUGGUCUGGGCCACUUCAUAGGGUCAGAAGCAGCCUUGGGACUAACAGUGGUCAGGCAGUCAAAGACUGCCUCAAAGAAAGGUUAUUUUGUUCGUGGGUCAUUGAAGACUCGGUAGGAGUUCUCCACAGGCGCUCGAGCCCCGCUAACCAGCCCACCUUGUCUCCCAGGUGCGCCAGAGCCUGCAUCAGCCCAACGUCCCAGUCACCUGCAUCUGAUGGGGUGUUGACCCCCUUAUCACGUCAGGCUCAGGAGCCAUGUGGCUCAACAGCACCUCGCUGGGGGCAUGCUUCCGCCCAGUGAACAUCACGCUGCAGGAGCGACGUGCCAUCGCGUCGCCAUGGUUCGCGGCAUCCUUCUGCGCACUGGGCCUGGGGUCCAACCUGCUGGCGCUGAGUGUGCUGGCCGGGGCGCGACCUGGGGCGGGACCCCGCUCCUCCUUCCUCGCUUUGCUGUGCGGCCUCGUCCUCACCGACUUCCUGGGGCUGCUGGUCACCGGCGCUGUCGUGGCGUCGCAACACGCCGCCUUGUUGGACUGGCGUGCCACUGAUCCAGGUUGCCGCCUUUGCCACUUCAUGGGCGCGGCCAUGGUGUUCUUCGGGCUGUGUCCCCUGCUCCUGGGGGCCGCGAUGGCUGCAGAGCGCUUCGUGGGCAUCACACGGCCCUUCUCACGACCCGCAGCCACGUCGCGCCGCGCCUGGGCCACUGUGGGGCUGGUGUGGGUGGGGGCCGGGACUCUCGGGCUGCUGCCACUGCUGGGGCUCGGCCGCUACAGUGUGCAGUACCCCGGCUCCUGGUGCUUCCUGACUCUUGGGGCGGAGCGCGGCGACGUGGCCUUCGGGCUCAUGUUUGCUCUCCUGGGCAGCGUGUCCGUGGGGCUGUCCCUCCUGCUCAACACCGUGAGCGUGGCCACGCUCUGCCGCGUCUACCAUGCGCGCGAGGCCACACAGCGCCCCCGGGACUGUGAGGUGGAGAUGAUGGUUCAGCUCGUAGGCAUCAUGGUGGUGGCCACGGUGUGUUGGAUGCCCUUGCUGGUCUUCAUCCUGCAGACCUUGCUGCAGACGCUACCUGUCAUGAGCCCCUCCGGACAGCUGUUGCGGACCACGGAGCGCCAACUGCUCAUCUACCUACGCGUGGCCACAUGGAACCAGAUCUUGGACCCCUGGGUCUACAUCCUCUUCCGUAGGUCCGUGCUUCGACGCCUGCAUCCAAGGUUCACUUCCCAGCUCCAGGCUGUGUCCUUGCACUCACCCCCCACACAGGCCAUGCUCAGUGGACCCUGAAGGACGGUGCCAAUCAAAGCUGGGGUUCUUGGUGACUGCUAACGACCUGUCUCCUGUCCCAGGAGCCUGAAUGUUUGGUGGGAUGGAGUUACAACACAGGGCUGACUCCUGUGAACUACAAAGAUACCUCCUCCAUGCUAGGGAGAUCCUCCCUGGCCCCCUCCCCAGACUACUUGUCAGCUAGGAGGUUGGAGCAUAUGUGGGAGGUCCCUUGCAGGAAUCUAUGGUUACACAGAGAGAACCUGGAGUGCCGAUGGCAUCUCCCAUCUUGCCAUAGUCCGCGUCUGUCUCAGCCCCGUUGUCCCGGGGUUGUCCCGGGGCUUCAUGUUUGUUCCUUUAGGCUCAAGGAUCAUCGGCCUUGGGUGUUGGAAGCACCCACUGUGGUCCCAGUAGCUGGCUCUGGAGUUACCAACCUCUCCGUGUUUACUGAGCCCCCUCCCCCCACGGCUAUCCAACACACAUGCUCAAUAAAUGGUUGAAUGUCCGGGUAUACAGCAGGUGCUCAACCAAGCGUC